GCCAAACUCUGCAAGCCGGGACAGGUCUUCAAGAAAUUCAAGUUCUCGGAAUUGGAGCCGAGUUACCUACCUGAGUGCUGCCUAUGCGGUGUAGGGAGGCAUGCGGAAUUUCUCAACCCUGCCGCGAUCAGGUUCUACCAACAGAAGGAUGCCUACAUGUCAUCACCGCAGACACGGGCAUCACCAUUAAUGGGCAGCUGCAGUUGAUGGUCAACGCAGGCCUCAAUCAUAUUCCUAUGAAGGCGUUGGACGAGAGUGUUGUGCUGGAGGAAGUGGAGCUCAUUGUGGACAACAUCCUGGCAACCAGCAGAUGCGAUAUGGAGUUAUCUAUGGAAGAGGAGAGGGAGGUUAAGAAGGUGGUGAUGAGGGACGCAGAGAAGCGCAUGAGGGAGUACCGUAUCAGUCAUAGGCAUAUUGUGGAGGAGCCUUUCAACAGCAUUGCGGUCAGAAGCGAAGUCGAAUGGCCGACGAAGAGAUUUCUGGUCUGCCCGACUGACAAAGCCCCGCAUACGCCAACCUUCGUAUGCGUGAACUUUAUCAGAAAGCUGGCACUCGCUCGGGUCUCCGGACUGGACUUCGGACAACUUCCCGGGCAGACAUCCGUUGUUGCUGCCAGACUGAAGGAGGAAGCCAAUGCGAUUGCGCCCAUUGGGGCGGCAACUGACAAGAUGCCACUACCGCAUCUCAUGGUGGUAUACAAGGCGCAUAAGGAGACAUUCAGGUGGAUCACCAAUACUGUCGGGAAUGUGCUCUCGGGUGUUGCGGAUGUGUGCGCGUGCCUGCUGAAGCUCCUGUCACUUGAUGUACAGGCCCUGUGUGCCAGUAAGAGUGACGCGAUCUUCGAAGAGCGAGGUGUCAGACCAAACUUUUGGUGGCCGAUCGUGUCUGUCGGUGAGUUCAUGGCCAAUCUGCCACGUCACGUAUACUCGGUCUUCACAGGGGACAUAACCAGAUGCUUCGAGACCAUACCGACAGACGGCUCCCAGGAUGGCCUUAUCUCCGCAAUCAGGUUCUUCGUACAAUGUGCCAUGGAGUGGAGGAGGGCCAGAACCACGAAGGAUGUCAUCGCUAUCAUGGUUGCGGCCAACGACUCGCUGCACCCAUACUGGGUGGACAGCGCACAGUGCAGGGAUCGCGAGCGACUCUAUUUUGACGAGGACGGGAUUGUGAAAGCGUGCGAAUGGCUUGUGUCUAAUGGGGUGGUACAGCUGGGGGACAGAGUCUGGCGGCAAGUACUGGGUAUCACGAUGGGACUGGCUUGUUUUCCCAUUCUGUGUGAUAUCUAUUUUUUUAAAUAUGAAUUCCAGCUGAUUUCUCACCUAGCUGAUGAGCAGGACUGGCAGGCACUUAAAUGUUUCAAAGAAACGAACAGAUACAUCGAUGACCUGUGUGCUCUAAACAACACACUCAUUUCCGGUUUCCUAAACAACGGAGUGCCUGGGCAGGACGCUACCCGCAAAAUUUACCCGCACGGAUUCAUCGAGGUAAAGGAAACCAUGCAGGUAAAAGAAGACGGGCAGGGCAUUGUAGCUAGCUUUCUGAAUGUUUUCCUCUCGAUCAUAUCGACGAUGAGCGGCUCAUAUGCCACUUCAAAGCACGACAAGAAGAAAGGGUUGAGCUUUCCCCCAGUCAGAUUCAUGAAGUUUAAGUCUAACCGCAGUAUUGCACAAUCUUUACAGAUCUUGACUGCACAGACAGUUUGAGCCCUCCUGCUCUGUUCCGACGAGCAAGAGGCUGCUUUUGAAAUCUAUACGUUGGUUCAGACCAUGGCUGCCAACGGCUUCG